AUGCGGACAAUGUACGUGCGAAAUCCAACGGUGCUGUCAUCGGCAGAGACCCGAUGCCUUGAUGCAGCUAUAGCUGCUAAUCCUGCAAAUUUCCCUGAGUUAGUCGCUCAGCUUCAGGAUGCUGACAACGAGCGUCGUAAGGCGGCCGAGUCUAUUUUUGAGGCCUUAAAGGAGCAGCCGGACCUGUGUAUAACUUGCUUGGUUCAGACGCUGCGGACAUGCACGGCAGUUGAGGCGCGGCUGUUUUGCGGCGUGAUGAUACGCAAGGUCAUUUAUCACCGUUCUGACCAGGACAUCAAGUCCCCUGUGCUGUGGGACAAGUGCAGCCCUCAUGUUCAGGCGGUGACGAAACAGGCGCUCCUGGAGGCACUAGUCCAGGAGCCCGACCGCAACGUGGGCAGCAAGGUUUGCGCCGCUGUGUCUGACCUUGCUAACUUGAUAUACGGCAAGGGGGGAUGGACCGAGCUGAUGCCCACCCUUCUGGGCAUGCUGAGCAGCAACCAGCAGGCACAGGAUAUUGUUAAUAUGCUGGUCACGUUUUUGAACUGCGGCAACAAGGACGUGACUGUGGCAGGCGCAAGUGCGGCUACAUCUUUCAUUGAGGCUUAUGAAGACGCGUCGGCCCGGCAACUCCUGUCGCCUUUAGUGCAGCCCAUGCUGGCGGUCUUGGGCCAGCUGCUAAGCAGUGGUGAUGAGGACGAGGCUCGAAACGUCCUGGAGAUGUUCAUCGCGCUGGCUGAGACGUCGGCACGCUUCCUACGGCCGCAUCUGAUCCCUCUGGUGGAUGCCAUGAUGCGGGUGGCGGGCGCUGCCGACAACUUGGAUGCGCAGACUCGGCAGCUGGCUGUGGAGUUUUUGGUGUCGUUGUGUGAAGCGCGUGAGCAGAGCCCAGGCAUGAUGCGUAAGGUGCCCAACCUGGCUCGCAGCCUGUUCGAGCUGGUCAUGGCAUUCCUGCUGGAUAUCGAGGAUGAUCCAGCUUGGCACUCGGCCAAUGACGACUCGAACGAGGAUGCGGGUGCUGGUGAGCUAUACGACCCGGGCCAGGAGUACCUGGAUCGUCUGGCGCUCAGUCUGGGCGGCAAGGCGGUGUCGGAUGCCGCAGCGCCGCUGCUGGGUGCCUGGAUUUCGGAUUCUUCCUGGCAGAAGCGCGCGGCGGUCUUCAUUUGCCUGGCGCAGAUUGCGGAGGGUUGUUCCAAGAUUAUGUCCUCAGCUGCCUACCUGGAGCAGCUGUCUCGGAUGUGCGUUGUGGGUCUCGGGGAUUCGGAGCCUCACGUGCGGUGGGCGGCGUGUCAAGCCCUCGGGCAGAUGUGCACAGAUCUUGGACCGGAGCUGCAGGCGAAGCACCAUUCUACCAUCCUGCCUGCGCUCAUGCAAGUGAUGGAAGAUUUCAACAGCCCGCGUGUGCAGGCGCACGCCUGUGCUGCUAUUGUGAAUUUCAGCGAGGGUGUCGAGACGGAUGUAUUGCCGCCUUACCUGGACACGCUCAUCCUCAAGCUGCUCAACUUGCUUCAAAACGGCGCACGGCUGGUGCAGGAGGGAGCACUCACGGCUCUGGCAUCCGUUGCAGACAGUAGCCAGGAGCUGUUUAACAAGUACUACGACACGGUGAUGCCUCUGCUGAUGCACAUCCUGACCUCGGCCAAUGCCAAGGAGCACCGGUUGAUGCGCGCUAAGGCACUGGAGUGCAUUAGCUUGGUGGGCAUGGCAGUAGGCAAGGACAAGUUCCGUGCGGAUGCGCGCACCGUGCUGGGCUACAUGCAAGGAGUGCAGGCGGGCGGCGUGGACGCGGACGACCCGCUUUCAUCCUACAUGCUGCAGGCUGGCGCGCGGCUUUGCAAGUGCCUCGGGUCCGAGUUCAUCGAGUACCUGCCGCUGGUGCUGCCCUCGCUGCUAGCUUCGGCCUCUGCGGACCCCGACGUGCAGGUGGUGGAUGAGGAAGACUUGAAUGCAGAAGACCUGCCGGACGACAUGGAGGCGAUUGCGAUGGGGGACAAGUGUCUCAUGUACCGCUCGAGUAUCCUGGAGGAGAAGGCCACCGCGGUAAACAUGUUGAGCUGCUACGCCGAGGAGCUCAAGGAGGGCUUCUGGCAAUACGUUGGACCGGUCCUCAAGCUAGUGCUCAACGGCGUCGAGGGCCAGUCGCCUCUUAUCAAGUUCUACCUUAACGAGGAGAUUCGCCGCUCUGCAGCAGCGCUGCUGCCCAGCCUAUUGCGGUGCUGCAUCGCCGCCGCCGAGCGAGGUGUUCAGGGGGCCAGUCCUGCCGCCACUGCCGAAUUCCUGCGGGCGGCUUGGACCCCCCUUUUAGAGGCGCUCCGUAAGGAGCCUGAGGGCGACAUUCAGGCUGUGCAGCUGGACUCCAUUGCGGAAAUUGUUGAGAUGGUGGACAAGUCCCUGCUCACCCCGGAGCCCAUCGCCGCGGCCUUCAAGGUGUUUGACAUCGUGCUGGAGAAGGCUGACAAGCGGCGGGCCGAUCGCGCCGACCGCCGCACCACGGAGGACUUCGACGCAGAGGAGGCGGAAGCCAUUGAGGCGGAAAACGAGCUAGAAGAGGAGCUCUUUGAUCAAGUUGCCACUGCGGUGGGGGCCUUCCUCAAGAAAUUCGGGGACGAUGUGCUGCCGCUGGUGGAGUCGUUGCUCAUGACGCGAUAUGGGGCUAUGCUGACGGACAAGAGCCGUAGCGCUGAGGAACGGCGCAUUGCAAUCUGCCUGGUGGAUGACCUGUUGGAGAACUCACCGUCGGGGAUGGCCAAACAUUUCAACAACGUCCUGCCCAUCCUGUUAGAGGCUACACGCGCGGAUCACGCCGAUCUUCGGCAGUGUGCUGUGUACGGUCUUGGUGUGAUGGCUGCAAAGGCGCCGGUGGAGCUGUUCCGACCGCAUGCCGCUGCAGUAGCGGAGAUUAUGGCGGGUAUUAUUCAACACCCAGAUGCCAAGAAUGAGGACAACGACAUGGCCACUGACAAUGCAGUUGCGGCGCUCGGCCGCGUGCUGACGCACCAUGCGGAGGCACUCGGCCCCGACGGUGGGGCGGCGGCGGCCACGCUCUGGCUGCAGUCGUUGCCCCUCAAGGCGGAUGCUGUAGAGGCUACGGCAAUGCACGAGCAGCUGGUGAAGAUGUGCGAAGCCCAGGACCCACGCAUUGUGCCCCACGCCGCCAAGGUGGCGACUGUGUUUGCGGAGGUACUGGGCGGCGGUACUACGUAUGUGGCGGGUCCCGUUGGGGUGCGCAUGGCGCAGCUACUAAUGCGGUUGCAGGGCGCGGUGCCGGCUGAGGCGAUUUCAUCCGUGCUGUCGACCUUCAAGCCCAAGCAGCAAGCUAGCUACCAGGCGUACAUGGAGGGCCGCGUUCCCGAGUAAUUCCGAGUUGAGCGUGUCUGACGGAAUGGAAAGUCUGAACUUCCAACCGCAGGCUGGGCAGACCAAACUUGCGUGAUAGUGAGGUGCAUGGGCCGAGCACGGCAGAGGCAGGGUAGCUGGCAAAAUUGGGUAUUCGGUAGUGAGCCUUGCAGAACCGUUCACUUAAAAGAGGUGAACGAGAUUUGUAUGCUGAAGCUUGAUAGUAUAGUCCGUAGCGUAGCACAUUUGGCCACCCGCCAGCACUCCCCGCUAAGGAAUAUGUGGAACGUGUAUGGACGGCGGUAGGUGUUGUGGGGGGGAGUAGGGGUCUGUGAGGAGCCCAAGGAUGCGUCCGGCUUGGCUUGGGGACCCCUGAUAUGAGGUUAUAUCCCUGUUUGUUGUAAUAUGCCGACGGGGAGGC